UAGCGCCGCCCUGUUGGAAGCCGCUUUCAUACUUCCUGUGAACUUUACCUGUAUAGGCAAAAAUGUUCCCAGGAAUGCCCGGUGGCCCCGGGGCGGGGGCGUUCGACUUCUCUGCCCUGCAGAGCGCCCUGAACGACCCAUCGAUUAAGCAGAUGGCGGAGCAGAUUGCCAAUGAUCCGAGCUUCAAGGAGAUCGCUAAGCAGAUGCAGGAGAGCUUCGGUGCUAUGAUGGGCGGUAUGCCAGGCAUGCCGGGCGCCGGGGGUGCGGGCGGCGCUGCUCCCGGGGGGAUGCCUGGUAUGCCCGGCAUGCCUGGUAUGCCUGGUAUGCCCCCUAUGCCUGGUAUGCCCGGCAUGCCUGGUAUGCCCGCCAUGCCCGGUAUGCCCGGCAUGUUCCCUCCCAACUUCGACCCGUCGAAGUACAUGGAGGCGAUGCAGGGCAUGUUCCAGAACCCCAACUUCAUGUCGAUGGCCGAGAAGCUGGGCAAGUCCAUCAUCGAGGCGGACCCCAACAUGGCCAACAUGAUGCAGGCCAUGCAGGACCCCGACUACAAGAACAAGGUGGAGGACGCGCUCAAGGGCCUCAAGGACGACCCCGAGCUGAAGCCCAUCCUGGAGGAGCUGGAGAGCCAGGGGCCGGCGGCCAUGAUGAAGCUGUGGAACAACCCCGACGUGCUCAGCAAGCUGGGCAAGGCCAUGGGCAACGUGUUCGACUUCCCCGGCCAGCUGGAGGGCGGCGAGGAGGAGGGCGAGGGAGAGGAGGGCGAGGAGGGCGCCGCGGAGGAGACGGUGCACGGGGCGGCCAGCGCUGGCGAUAUCGAGCUGCUUAAGAAGCUAAUUGCGGACGGCGCCAACGUCGACGAGGCGGAUGAAGAGGGCCGCACGGCGCUGCACUUCGCGGCGGGCUACGGCGAGCUGGAGUGCGUCAAGGCGCUGGUGGCUGCCAAGGCCAAGCUCGACGCCGUUGAUGCCAACCAGAACACCGCGCUGCACUACGCGGCUGGCUACGGCCAAGCGGAGAGCGUCAAGCUGCUCUUGGAGAGCGGCGCCGACCGCACCGCCAAGAACCUGGACGGCAAGACGGCGCUGGAGGUUGCUGAGCUGAACGAGCAGGCUGACGUCAUCGCAGCGCUCAAGGAGGAGCCGGCCAAGGAGGCGCCUGCGAAGGAGGAGCCCGCCUCGCCCGCCAAGGAGGAGACCCCUGCUGCGUAAGCUGGUUGGCGCUUCCGCUUAUUGAGAGGACGGCUUGCGGCUUGGUUUUGGGUGCCGGCUUUCAAUGGCUGUGGGUCGGCUUUACUUGGCGUCUUGCGUUCGACAUGUGGGCUCGUUAUGUGCGCUGACUGGGUAGUCGCUAGGCACCUUGAGGACUGUUGCUUCGCAAUGGCGUUGGUCUGGACGGAAGUUUGGUCUCGGCGCUGUGCGAAAAGUUGACUAAGGGCUGGGAGGAUGACUGUUGCUGAGACUCGUUACAUGCAAGGGCGGUUUCUUUUGCGGCCUGGGGAUGAAUCCCCAGGCCCGUUUUGGUAGUAAAUCUGCCGUGCGUGUGGGUUGUUCAAAGCGGGGUGAGAGAGGUAUGAGGGCACGCGUUUUUGUUUGGAAGGUUUUGGAAGGGCCGCUAGGGGGAGCCGAGUCUCUUUUACACAGUGACACAAGGACUCUCCCGUCGCCCUUUCUUAUGUAAGAAACCUGAAUACUUCCAGUUAGCCAGUCC